ACGAGGAAACCUUUGCCGCCCUCGUCCGCUGACCCCCUCGCCGUCCCCUCUUUCAACCCUCCACCAACAACGCCACCCCCUAACAACGUGCCCCCUACCCCGCCCGGAAUUCGCUUCACCCUCCCACGAAAGCGUUCUCUCAACUCGAGCUCGUCGAGGCUAUUCCCUCGUGUUUAUCGACGGAGCCACAUUCUGCUUUUUCCCUUCGCCUUCUCUUUCCCUUUAUCUUUAUAUCUUCCUUUCUAUUCGUCAAUUUUAAAGUCGACUUUAAGGUCGACGACGACGACGACGACAAUUCGCAUUAACAUUUUCGAUACUCGUUACGAUAAAUACUCGAUCGAUUAUUAGCGAUACAUAAGAGACUUCUAAUUAGGUUAAUAAUUUACGUUGAACGUACGUGUACGACGUGUGCUGUAUAAGGUUAAAAUGUCAUAUUUUAUUUCCAACAUACUUUUGUUAUCUCGUCGAGAUAUUGAAUUGUGGGAGGCGCAGUUGACACAGUUGCGUCAAAUGUCAGCUGUCAAAAAUUGGUUAUCUAUAGAACGGCGCCACGUUACGUUCCACGUUCGCUAUGUAGAUAGAUGGCUUUUUUAAGAAGGUUAACUUUGUUAGGUUAUGUUUCUCUCUGUCCAAUAUGUACGGGCGGGCGUGCACUUGAGCUCUUCACUUUUUUAGACUUUUUCCUUUAACUUGGUGUAUGAAAAGAUCGCGAAUGAAGAACGGAAAUAGAGAAACGAUGUCGUAUUUGCGCGAUUGGAGACAAGCUUUGCGCGUUCCUCACGUUUAUCGAGUGGCGAAUAGUACUUUUUACAUUCAAAGACAAUUUUUAGCCAUGAUAUGCGUUUUAUUGUGCGUCCCGCUCUUCCUCUUGAUCUAUCCCUUUUUCCGAAACGUCAUUUGCACGCCCGCCACCCAUCAACAACCUUUGUCCCAAUGUCGCUAUUAUAGAUACAAUAAAACUUAUCCAGCCACAUCGCCUAUCAGGACGUCCAAAGGUAUCACCUACAGAAUAGCUAUAGUCAGCGAUUUAGAUCACGACUCCAAAGCCUUAGAUAAAAAGGAUACUUGGUAUAGUCUUAUGAAGACGGGUAGUCUCUUCUGGAAUCCAUCUACAAAUUUUCUUUCGAUUCUCUGGGACGACAGGACUCUUGUUUUGUCUUCGUCCUUGGCUAUGAAAUCUAGAGGUAUGGAAUUAUCGGAAUUGAUCACCUUCGAUGGCCAUCUGUUAACCUUCGACGACCGAACUGGGAUGAUAUAUCAUAUAGAAGAUAAUCAGGCCUACCCUUGGGUCAUCUUAUUGGACGGCAAUGGAAAAAAUCCAAAAGGCUUCAAGUCAGAAUGGGCAACGGUUAAGGAUGAACAAUUGUACGUAGGGAGUAUGGGAAAGGAAUGGACCACUCCUUCGGGUGAAUAUGAACACAAUAAUCCCCAGUGGAUCAAAGUAGUUUCCCCUAAAGGAGAAAUUCACUCCAUAAAUUGGAUUUCAAAUUACAAGAGACUGAGGCAAGCGAUUAAUAUUGAGUAUCCAGGUUAUAUGAUACAUGAAUCAGGUGCAUGGAGUGAUAUACAUAAAAGUUGGUUCUUUCUACCAAGGAGAUGUUCCAAAGAACGCUACAAUGAAACCAAGGAUGAGACAAUGAGCUGUAACGUUCUCCUAACUGCUGAUGAAAAUUUUGUAGAUAUUAAGGUUAAAGAAAUCGGUGAACUAAUUCCUGUUAGAGGCUUCUCGAGUUUCAAGUUCCUACCGGGAUCCGAGGACACGGUCGUAGUAGCGUUAAAAACGGAAGAAUAUCAGGGGAAAACGGCAACGUAUAUUAUGGCAUUCUCUAUAGACGGUACCAUUAUAAUGCCGGAAACGAAAGUAAUGGAUAAGAAAUUCGAAGGAUUCGAAUUUAUAUGACGAUUCCUAUGGUCGUAGUUUAUUAUUAUUAAUAGGACAAAUUGUAAAUAAGUGUAAAAAUUCUUUAGGGAAUCAUUUUAUACUGAUACAGGAAAAGAAAACUAUUCUACUUGUAACAAUACUCGAGCAUUGUCCUACCGCGUGGCCAGAGGUACCACUUAUGUUUUCAUUUCUAUAGAUUAAUAAUGGUCGAUUUGAGAUGAUUGUCUUACGUACAAAUCUAUUAACAUGUAAUUAAAGAAUAUUGUAAAUAUUUGCAUAAGUAUUUAUGUGUGUGUGCGCGCGCACACACACACACACACGCACAUACAUACAUAUGCAUUGAAAAAUUUUCGUCAUUCGCCGCGAUUCGUAAUAAGCGAUAUUAUUUUUUUUCGGGCAAACGUUAAUGACAUUAUGAAAAUAUAAAUGCUCGUCGAAUUUGAGAGAUUUUUAAGCUUACACUUUACGAUCAAUCAACGCUUAUUUUCUCCGACCGAUGGUAGUGUGACCCAACGAUCGUGAUACGUUAAAUUAUUAAUUUAUUAGAUCAUGAAUAUUCUCUCGUUGCAAGAGAUAAUAACUUUGAAGUUUUCUGUCGCGGUACGAUAAUACAGCGAAUAAAUUAGAAUUCUUCGAAAGCUACAGUAUCCUUUCGUUUCGUCGAACUCCAAUAAUCAACGAAUUUGAUUUCGUUUCCUUUCCGUAACUACGUUCCGAGUAGUAACGCGAAUGCAUCAUCGAUCACUCUAUUUAAACUAUUCAUAAAGUUUUUACAUGUUGCAUUUAAAGAAUAUAAAAAAUUCUGAAUUAUAUAUUCAACGAUACUAAUAUCAAAACGUGUCGUGUUGGUGUGUUGUCAAGGUCACAGUAUUUCUAGGAUAAAAUCAAUAAACACCUAUAUAUGAAUUCUGAAGAAGGUGGUGGCAGCAGUUCUGCGCUCGUAGAGUUUAGUUUAUCCAUCGCGCCACGGCGAGAUCGAGUCGUCCUCGCGCCCUAUAAAAAAAAUUGACCGUUCUUUCUUCUGAUUUCUGUUAGCUGGUCCAUCGGAACGAUCGAAAUAACUCUCGAUCGUCUCUCGAUCGACGUUCGGUGUACGAGAGGUUUAACGACGUCGGCUCGGCUCUUUCAACGACUCGAUUAUUAAAGCCGUCUUUGGUGAAAAAAGAAAAAA